AUGUGUGACGAAACAGGUCCGCCAUGCGCCAACUGCACCAUCCGCAGGGGCUCCGUCUGCAUCUACCUAGUCAAGCAAGACACCACUCCUAUCAUGACAUGGACGCCACCCUCAAGGAGUAGACACAACCACAGCUCCGCCGAUCAAGUCAUACAAGACCUGCGAAAACAGCAACGCAACCUCAGAAUCACCGCUCCGCUCCACCCGGGUCCAACCAUCCCGCCGCCAUCUUACUUCUCCAGCAGCAGCAGCAGCAGCAGCGGCGGCGGCAGCAGCGUACCUGCCACGCCGGCCCAGCGCGACCUGGAGCUCGAGCUCGUGCACCGCUGGAGCGUGCGUACAUGGCGCGGGCUGCAGAUGAUACCGGCCUGCAGCGGAUUCCUGCGCGUCGUGCUGCCGCGCGACAUGCUGCGCCACGACUUUCUCCUCAGCGCCACUCUCGCCCUCGCCGCUGCCGAUGUGGCCGUCAGCAGCAGCAGCGGAGGGAGCAGGGGUGGCUCUCGCGUCUACGCCGAUGCCGCCGCCGCAUAUGUGGCGUUGGCUGGGUGGCAGUUCCAUCGGGCGGUCGAGGAGCUCCGGGACCGGCGGCGCCGGGGGUUGAACGGCGGCGGGCUGGGCAAGGAGAAUCUGUACAUCUUUGCGCAGUUUGGGGAUAUGAUGGGGUACUACUACAUGGCGCUGCCCGGGUCCGAGGUUACGUCGUGCGGAUCACUGACCUCGGGAGUAGUUGCCGGUGGCGGUGGUGAGGAUGUAGUGAUGACGGCUACCCUCGCACCAGUCCCCGCCAGACCAUCCAUCAUAUCACGUGUGCACAUGGCGAUGCAGAUGUUCACGGGCUCGAUGAAGACGGCGUCUCUCAACUGGGCGUGGUACCUCGACAGCCCGACGUCGGCACGUCAGGCGUACGAGGACUACAGCCCACGGCUUGAUGCGAUGCGGCUGCUGGACGCGGAAACACUGGAGGCUAUCAAACUCAUGUCGAGCGUUGCCAACGCCGUGCGGGUGGAGGUGGCCGACGGCCUGGCAGUGUCGUACAAUGAAAUCAGGUCCUACUGCUUCGCCAUCGGGCAGACAAAGUACGAGUUUGCCGAGCAGCUGCUGCAACGCAUGUCUGGCAGCUUCCUCAGCGUGCCGGGGGUGUCGGGAACUUUCGACAGCGGGUUUCUGGAUGGCAUUGCCGAGCGCGAGCCCGUGGCGCUAUUUGUGCUCAUGUUUUGGGGCGUUGCGAUCUGGAGGGCGCGUACGGAUGGGUUGUGGUGGAUACGGACCACGGGUAGGGAGCUUGUCGAUGAGACGUGUGGGUUGCUGGUGGGAGGAGGCAUAUGGGGGCUCGAGGACGUCAGGAAGGGUGUGGAGUGGUGCAGGAAGGAGGUUGGUCUGAAUCAGUUGUGGGAGGAGUCUGAGGGUUUUGAUGACGUUGUGGCUUCCCGAACCGACAAUUCAAAGACUUGA